AUGCCUUCGGCGGACAGGAAGAUGCGGAAGGCUAGCUUGGCUGCCUUCUGCAUGGUAGCCUUUGCGGCGCUCUCCAACGCAAACGACGCGUCGACCCAGCGCACAGAAGUUUCUGGAGGGAUUGAGUCUGCGUCUGAAGGCAUUGACUCUGCUGCCGAAGCGUCCAGGGCGUACCGCCAGGCCAUGUCGACACUUGCAACCUUGACUGCCCUCCCAUCUGCACCUUCAGACGAACCUUCAAUACACACCACGUCCUCCCCACUCGCAGCUCUCCUCCCGAACAUUCAAGGGCAGGGACCCAUUGCUAGUGCUCUGCGAAUUCUCGUGAAGCUCGGCCGACACUCUUGGGUACCUUCUUUCGUCACGGAAUACAUCUCCACGGAGUCGACAGGAAGUAGGAGAAAGGAAGAGGACCAUAGAGGGAGAGCGGUCAAAGUGAUUGACCUCUUGCACCAUGCGGCCGACCUUGGAAACCGUGAUGCUCUCUACACGCUUGGACAAGUCUCCUUGUUCCCACCAAAUACCUACUUCCCCACUGAUCCAACGACCGCGUUCGACUCAUUUCAAGCACAUGCCGACAUGACAGGCAAUGCUUCAUCCCAAGCUUUGGUCGGCUUCUUCCACUCCACUGGAUAUCAUGGCGUCGUCCCCGUAGAUGGACCAAAAGGUCAGCUAUACCUCACGUUUGCGGGCCACGGAGGGCACAAGGGCGCACAGAUGGCGCUCGGUUACCGACAUUGGUCAGGUAUUGGAGUUAGUGAGAACUGUUUGGCGGCGUUGAACUGGUACGAGGAUGCAGCAGAACAAGCGAUGGCGAAGUUUUUAUCUGGCCCUCCUGGUGGACGAACGUUGCCGCUAGUUCCGCCACGACUAUCAGAUCUCGUCGGCGGAGUGUAUGGUCCGGGUGCGAGUGUAGCAUCAACAGGAUUGCAGGCCGGACGCGCAGUCAUCAAGACCGCGAAUGCACGGGCUGCGGGGGAGACAUGGGACGACCUCAUUGAAUACUACCUCUUCAAUGCGGACCGCGGGGAAAUCGACUUCGCAUAUCGCUUGGGCAAGAUCUUCUACCAAGGCAGCGUCUACCCUUCACCUGGCGGCAUUGCGUCCGGGGGCGACGGCGCAAGCGCGAUUCCUCGCGAUUUCCACCGGGCGCGGUACUAUUUCAACCGCAUCGCUCGCAUCGUCUGGCCCCGCGACCCGUCGGACCCGCGCCGCGACCGUGCGGCACCGAAGGAGGAGGGCACUUUGCAAGCGAGCUACGCUGCCCUCGCCGCGGGCUACCUCGGGCGGAUGUACUUGCGAGGUGAGGGUGUGAAGCAGGACUACGCAAUGGCCAAGAUGUGGUUUGAGCGCGGAGCGGAGCACGGCGAGAAGGAGUCGCACAACGGGCUGGGAAUCAUCUGGAGGGACGGUCUUAUGGACGGCAAGAAGGACCUGAAGAAAGCGAUGAGCCAUUUCCACGCCGCGGCAAACCAGGACCUCGCCGAAGCGCACGUCAACCUUGCAAAAUAUCACUUCCAUCGAGGAGAGCUCAAGCAGGCCACCGCACACUUCGAGAACUCCCUUAGGCUUGGCUCGCCCUUCGAGGCGUAUUACUACCUCGCCGGUAUCCAGGCCAUGCAAGCUCGUGAGCGGACGAUUCCUCACGAGAUCGCGGGCAGUUCGUGCGCAGUUGCAGUGUCUUUCUUCAAGCUCGUGGCUGAACGUGGCUCCUGGGAUGACGACAUGCUCCGGGAGGCUGAUUACUACUGGAGCCUCGGCACGGAGCGAGGGGGCGAGAUGGCGAUGUUGCGCUGGUGGAUCGCGGCGGAGCGCGGGCUCGAAACAGCGCAGAACAAUCUCGCGUACGUGCUCGACCAGGACAAGAGCAUACUACGCUUCACGCGUUUCGCGCCGCACUCGCCCUCAAACGACACCGCGCGCCUCGCGCUUACGCAGUGGAUCCGGUCCGCAGCGCAGCGCAACGUGGACGCGCUCGUCAAGGUCGGCGACUACUACUACCACGGGCUCGGUGUUCCCGACGAGCCUGAGGGCGCGCGCUGGGAGAAGGCGGCGGGCUACUACCAGUCCGCGGCGGACACGCAGAUGAGCGCUCUCGCAAUGUGGAACCUGGGAUGGAUGUAUGAGAACGGCGUUGGCGUUCCUCAGGACUUCCAUCUGGCGAAACGACACUACGACCUCGCGUACGAGACGAACGCGGAAGCGUAUCUGCCAGUGCUGCUGUCUCUCCUCAAGCUGCAUGCGCGGAGCGCAUGGCAUACGCUUAUGGGCGGCCAGGGAGGAUUGACGCUCUGGGAUGGGGACGAGGAAACCACUCGUUCAUACUACGACAACCCCGAGAUCGACGCGGGCCAGGAUGGCGAGCACGCGGACCCGCGUGGGGCCACGCAACAGCCGGCGCUAGACGAGAUCGACGACGCGGAUGACGGCCCCUGGUACAUGGGCAAGGCCCGUGACGAGUUCAACCGCCGCCGACGCGGCGGCUCCGUAGAUGGAGACGGGGAGGAGGAUCCGGUUGAGUGGGCGCGAGAACGCCGGCGCGAGGAAGCGGCUCGUGAAGGCGAAGACUACGGUCCUGAAGACUACUUCGACGGUGCGACGCGGGGCGGUGUGCGCAGAGAAGCGCGAUACCGAGAAGAGGAGGGCGAGGUUGACGACCUCGGGGAGACAGUGCUGAUCGUGGUGUUGUGUUUGCUUGUAUCGGGGCUCCUGUACGUGCGUGGGCGAUGGAUGGAGAGGAUCCGACGCGACGAGGAGGAAAGGAGGAGAGCGGUGGGUGGGGCACCACGCAACGACGGAGCACUGGGGGUCUUCCCACCACCUGGAGACCCCGCGCGGGAUGACUGGGCGGUUCUGCGAUGA